UCCUUCAAUAGGAUUCGCUGAUGUUAAUUGGACUGCCUCGAACCCACACGGAAGUAUGUUCACUUGUGAUAGGGCGAAAGGGACAGCUGAUGCCCGGAGCCAAUAGGGAGAGGGGUUGCUCUGGGGUAGCAAGAUGGCAGCGCGCAGGUCUCUGAGGAAAGGGGAAGGGGCCGGGAUGAAGUGAGCCCCGAACCUUUUGGCCUUGAUUGGAAAAGAGGUCGCGACCCGCCGGUCGAGAUCCGGCAUCGGAUCUCGUGCCCUUUCGCCGCUCCAGCUGCGGAGAAGAAGGGCUAUGAGGUGACGGGAAGAUGGCCAGCGACGCGGGGAAGAAGCAGUUUUGGAAGCGGAACGCGUCUCGGGUGCCGGGCAGUAUUCAACAUGUAUAUGGCGCUCAGCAUCCUCCUUUUGAUCCACUGUUACAUGGAAAUUUAAAACAAGGAAACAAGCCUCCAACGACCCCACUAAAAACCAAGAAAGUCAGCACAUUUCAGGUUGAAAGCAACACGAGUGAUGCCUGGGAUGUAGGGGAAGAUGAUGACGAACUUUUAGCAAUGGCUACAGAAAGCCUCAACACUGAUGUAGUCAUGGAAACGGCUAACAGAGUAAUUCAGAAUCACAGCAAAUUACAAGAGCCACAAUUGCAGGAGGAACAGAUAGAAAGGGAAGAGCCCCAGAAAAUUUCAGACUUGCCUUCAGCUGCAUGUGGUGACAACAGGCUGGUUAAAUCUGUCAGUGAAACAAAUGCAUCAAGUUCUGCAGAUAACACUAAUGCAAAUACUUCUGUGCCAAGAUCUCAGUCGCUUCCCACAAGCUCUACCUAUGCACUUACUGCCGGGGUGGCAGAUAAUGCCUCUGGUGUUCAUGUAUUAUCUGAAAGAGAAGCAUUGCGAUUAGAUAAAUUCAAACAGCUUCUUGCUGGCCCAAAUACAAACCUUGAAGAAUUGCGGAAGCUGAGUUGGUCAGGAAUUCCAAAACUUGUACGACCAAUUACAUGGAAGCUCCUGUCAGGUUAUCUUCCUGCAAAUACAGAUAGGCGAGAAGGCACUUUGCAAAGAAAACGGAAAGAAUACUUUGCUUUUGUUGAACAAUAUUAUGAUUCAAGAAAUGAGGAAACUCACCAGGAUACAUACAGACAGAUUCAUAUAGAUAUUCCUCGCAUGAAUCCAGAAGCUUUAAUUCUUCAGUCCAAAGUAACAGAGAUUUUUGAAAGAAUUUUGUUCAUCUGGGCAAUACGCCAUCCAGCCAGUGGAUAUGUUCAGGGCAUUAAUGACCUUGUGACUCCUUUCUUUGUUGUCUUCACUAGCGAAUAUACAGAAGAGGAUUUGGAAAAAAUUUGAUGUUUCCAGUCUUCUAUUGAGGUACUGCAGAAUAUUGAAGCUGACAGUUUCUGGUGCAUGAGCAAACUGCUUGAUGGCAUUCAGGAUAACUAUACCUUUGCUCAACCUGGUAUUCAGAAGAAAGUGAAAAUGCUGGAAGAGCUUGUUAGCCGGAUUGAUGAGCAAGUACAACACAUAGAACAGUAUGAAGUGAAAUACCUUCAGUUUGCUUUCCGUUGGAUGAAUAACUUAUUGAUGAGAGAAGUCCCCCUACGGUGUAAUAGGCUUUGGGACACAUACCAGUCUGAACCAGAAGGUUUUUCCCACUUCCACUUGUAUGUCUGUGCUGCCUUCCUUGUCAGAUGGAAAAAGGAAAUCCUUGAAGAAAAAGACUUCCAAGAACUACUAAUCUUUUUACAGAAUUUGCCUACGAUGCACUGGGGAAACGAAGACAUCAGCGUUCUUCUUGCUGAAGCCUACAGAUUGAAGUUUGCAUUUGCAGAUGCUCCGAACCAUUACAAGAGAUAAAAAAAAAUUACAAAGUGUGGCUCUGAUUGUGAUAUCAAGUUUACAUAUUGUGGUUGUGCUGGCACACAAUUGUCUACAGUUUCUAUAUUACUGUUGAGCAAGAAGCUAUUGGAUUACCAAAGAAAUGAGAGUACAGGCUUGGGGAAAAUCUUGUUGUACUUAAAAAGAAAUAUUCUUGUUCAUUGAUUAAAGAAAAUUAAAUUUUAUUUUCAUUAUGGUCCCCUUUUUCUUUGGUAAUUGAGUUACCAUGCGAAUGAAUGAAGUGUGUUAUGUUCAUUGGGAUCUAAUGACUGAUUGUGUUGUCUCCAUCAGUUUUUUUAGUCCUUCAAUUAUGCUCAACAUUUUGGUGGAAGCAUUUUGGUGUCUGAGGUUCAUGCAAGCUAAUAAGAAUAAUCAGUCUUGCAUAGAAAAUGAGUACAAAUAAAUUAGGGAAGAAGGUCAUGUAGAGGUGGUUGCACACUUAUUUUGUUCUCAAACACAGGAGGUUUAAGUCCUUUUAAUAUAAAGUUUGUUUACACAAUGAAAUCCAGGAGUAGAUUUUUAUGGAACACAAUAUUUAAAACUUGAAAAUAAUGCCACAUGCGUGGUCAAUGAGAUCCUUGGAUGUUUUACUUAGCCGUGCGCAGAUAAUGUUUACUAUGUUAUUUGACUUUAGAGUUUCCAAAACAUAUUGACUAGAAUAGGAAAUAAGUUUGGUUUGCAAUAAUGCAUUACUAAGCUAAUGGUUUAAAACCUUUUUGUGCAUGUAGAUCUUUUAGUUUCAAUAUUUUCCUAAUUAAAAUCUUACUUUAUCCAUGAAGAAUAUAUUUUGAUGUGCUACUGCCUUAUGUUGAAUUUAUAAUGUGAUGAGGCACUUGAUGAUGUGAUUUGGUAUGAGUGUGGGUAUACCUCAGCUGUUAGAAUAUAAGCAUGGAAUUGCAGUGUGCUGAUCAGGUUUAGAAAAUUGGACUGAUGAAGUCUCAAAUGCAUUCUCCAACGUUGGUGGAGACAGCGGUCAUGCAUGGGUUAACUCAGUCAGUAACCAAUAGAACUGAGACUACCAAAGUGAUGUCAUCGCCUCAGAGGAGUGUCCUCCCGCUUUUUUAGACAGUUCGAUCCGAAUUGGCUGUGCUAACUGUUUUCUCCUCAACUUUUGUAGAUAUUAUUACCUUUAAUUGGAUUUUUUUCUAAAUUUCACAUCCAAAUUGAGAAGAAUUAGUGGAUAGCUCCUCAAAGCUUAUUCUCUCAAUUAUCCCCCGGGCUUCUUGAAGAGACUCACCAGGGCUUCUUCAAGGCUUCUGCCUCCUGAGCUUACCGGCAAUUUCAGAGGCUCUCCUGCAAGCAAUGCCUCCCAGCAAUGGGCGUUGGAGGCUCCGCUCAGCUGCCAAGCCCUCAGCCGCCUCCAAGCGCUGCCAAAAGCUGCCAGCAACUGCAAAAAAAAAAAAAAAAAAAAAAGGUGGAGACAGCAGUCAUCCCUACCCUUUGGUUCCUGGCCUAAUUUGCGGAGGGAGUUUUGGAGCUAGGCUGGAGUUUUGGAGGAUUGAAAGCAGUCGACGAACGCAUAGCAGUCUACUUAUCUUCUUCAUCACAAAAGUGGGAGGACACUCCUCUGAGGCGAUGACAUCACUUUGGUAGACUCAGUUCUACUGGUUACUGACUUGAGUUAACCCAUGCAUGACUGCUGUCUCCACCUGCCUCGAGAAGGGGCGUAUCAGUAUAAGAACCAACGCCCCGCUCUCUUGCAACCAUCAUGCAGAGUUUUUGAUAAGAGCCAAAUUAUUAAAAACAUGUAUGUUUAGCAGCAACCUAUUGAAGGAAUUCAGUGAAAGGACUUGGUUAAUAAUAUAAAUGAUUUGGCUUUCUAAAAUAUUCAUCAACUAUUAAUCUUUUGAAGGGUCCAAUUUAACAGACUCAAGCAGUUAAUGUUUCCACUUUGACCGAACCAAUGAUUUUUGUAUAGAGGAAAGAUUGCUGAAAAAUUAGCAAUGAUACCAGUAUGCCAGAUCUACUAAAUAUGAUCUAUGAAAACCUCUUUAUCACUCAUAUCUUCACUAAGUCCUAAACCAAUCUGAACUAUAAAUGGAAUAAGAUAAUAUUAGGAACUCUUCAUAUGUGCCUUUAAGUCUUUAUUUGAAUGCCUUAGUGUGGUUGUAUAUGUUGACUUCCUUUCUGAAUGAAUAGAUGCCAAAACACAUAAUAAUUACAGACAACAGCACUAUUUUUUCUGGCCUUUCAUAGGCUGCACAGAUGUUUUAAAAGUUUCUUGUUUAAAGACAUUUUGUUCAGUGGAGCAUUUGCCAUAUUAUCUUUCUGAUAUUGUUUAGCUAUGCAUUCAGAUUGUGUUGGGCUACGUAAUAGUGAAACAUAUUCCCGUUCCAUUGGAGUUCCUCAUCUUCAAAUUAACAGUUUUAUUGAACAAAGCAGAGUAGUUCUGUAAUUAUUGUAACACAUAUGCACAGUCACAAAGAGGAUUCAGUUUAUGAGAGCUUCUAGAUCAAUACGUUAUUGAGGAGUUACACCACCCCCUUUCUGUUAAGAUAUCUGUGUUAAUUCUAAUCCUAUCAUCCAUCUACUAAUAUACCAUGCAAAAUCAUUCACAGCCAAUAUUCCAAUAGAUUCAUGACUUUAAUCAUAUAACGGAAAUGACAUUUAGUGUUUCAGAAUCCCCACCCCGAUCCUCCGGAUGGUAUUCAGCCAGUUCGGACCUGUUUGAGUGAACUGGUAGUGGAAAUUGAGUAAUUCAGAAAACCGGCAAAUACCACCUCUGGUUGGGCCCGCCCUCCUGCCCCCAUCAUUCCCUGUCCUAUAUUCCCUUGCUUUUUAGCUCAGCUGAUUUGCGCAGCGAAAACAGCUCAGCUCACCAAGGGUGCUAACACGGAGGGCGGUCUUUGAAUGCUGCGCGUGCACAAAAUGCUCUCUCAUAGAACCGGUAGAAAAGAUUUGGAAUCCCCCCCCCAUUCCUCCCCCCCAAGUUUGUAAGGUAAAAGGAGAUUCUUAGCCACAAGGGUUAAAUCAUUUUUAAACAUAAGGAUACUUCAAAGUUCAGUGCAUUAUUAUUUUUAAAUUGUCAGAUUUGGUCAAAUAAAAUAAAUAAACUUUCCCCACCCUCAAGGAAAAAACAACCAGCAGAAAUGCAGUGAGAAUGAAAAUUGUAUGAAUCAUUUAAAAAGAAAAUAAGAUAUAGAGUACAUGGAUUUGUACUUUUUAAACUGUAUAAUUUGCAUAGGAAUUUCUCUUAUGUAAAAUUGAUCUGUUUUACUGUGCUAAAUGUAUUUGGAGAAAUGAAAAAAAAUGUUAAUUCAAUUUGAUCUGAUUUUCAGGCUUUGUUAGGAUCAUUAUUGCUUCCUCUUCAAAACUGAAUAAUAUUUCAUGCUGUGAAAAAACAACAACAUUGAG